UGAUGGUGGUGCAUGGAGUUUUUUUUUAAUACGGAGUAUUUAAAAACAAAACCCCCCAAAACCUCCACUGUUCUGUGGCUGCAGGAGGGAAGUCGAAUAUACUAUCAGAUACAGGGGCAGCAGCAGCAACCCGACCGAACGAAGGCUUAAACUAGAACCCCGCCCCCCCGCCGUGACGCCGCAGCAACCGGCAAUGACAUUCGCUCCCGUCGUUUCUUCCCGCCCCUGCGCCGGCUGCUUGUCUUCACGCGCUUUAUCGCCGCGUCUCAGCUCCAAUCUCUCGCCUAACAACACAUUGUCUUCCGUCCCAAACAUAUCCCUGCUUUCUCCCUAUCCACGCCCUCCUCGUCUCAAAAUUGAUUGUUGUUCACAAUGGAGCACAACAGUCACGUCAAAUUCACAUAUUUCUGUCGCAAGUCCAGAUAAAACUCAGUUUCCCAAGGGUGAGACCUGGAGUGUUCACAAAUUUGGCGGUACUUGUGUUGGAAGCUCUGAUAGGAUAAAGAAUGUUGCUGAUAUAAUAAUCCGCGAUACAUCCGAAAGCAAGUUGGUUGUUGUGUCCGCAAUGUCAAAAGUGACAGAUAUGAUGUAUGAUUUGGUUCACAAAGCACAAUCCCGGGACAACUCAUACACAAAUGCACUCGAUGCUGUUCACGACAAACACAAGUUGACUGCAGUAGAUUUAAUUGAUGGAAACGAUCUUACCACUUUCUUAUCAAAACUGCAUGGAGACAUCAACAACCUUAAAGCUAUGCUUCAAGCAAUAUAUAUAGCUGGUCAUGCAACCGAAUCAUUUUCAGAGUUUGUUGUUGGGCAUGGAGAGCUAUGGUCUGCUCAAUUGUUAUCUUUAGUUAUCAAAAAGAAUGGUGUGGACUGUACUUGGAUGGAUGCAAGGGAGGUCCUUGUUGUAAGUCCUGCUAGUUCUAAUCAAGUUGAUCCUGAUUAUGUGGCGUCUGAGGAAAAACUUGAUCUAUGGUACUCUAAAAACCCAUCUAAGACAAUCAUUGCAACUGGUUUUAUAGCAAGCACCCCCCAGAAUAUACCUACUACCUUGAAGAGAGAUGGAAGUGACUUUUCUGCUGCCAUUAUGGGUUCUCUUGUAAGAGCAUGCCAAGUUACAAUAUGGACAGAUGUUGAUGGUGUGUACAGUGCUGACCCAAGAAAAGUUAGUGAGGCUGUGGUACUGAAGACAUUAACGUAUCAAGAGGCGUGGGAAAUGUCAUAUUUUGGUGCAAAUGUCUUACAUCCUCGAACAAUUGUUCCUGUGAUGCAUUACAAUAUCCCUAUUGUAAUAAGGAAUAUCUUCAAUCUUUCUGCACCUGGAACAAUGAUUUGUCAGUCUUAUGGCAAUCAACAAGACGAUGGACAGGGAUCAGAAUCACUUGUCAAAGGAUUUGCUACAAUUGACAAUAUAGCACUUGUGAACGUUGAAGGAACUGGAAUGGCUGGUGUUCCUGGCACAGCCAGCGAUAUUUUCAGUGCAGUGAAAGAUGUUGGCGCUAAUGUCAUCAUGAUAUCGCAGGCUAGUAGUGAGCACUCUGUAUGCUUUGCUGUACCGGAAAAAGAAGUAAAAGCAGUUGCUGCAGUUUUAGAGUCCAGAUUUUUCCAGGCUUUGGGUGCUGGACGCCUUUCCCAGAUUUCAGUGAUCCAAAACUGUAGCAUUUUAGCAGCAGUUGGUCAAAGGAUGGCAAGUACACCUGGAGUUAGUGCUACACUUUUCUCUGCACUUGCAAAGGCCAAUAUCAAUGUCCGUGCCAUCGCUCAAGGUUGCUCAGAGUACAAUAUUACAGUAGUCAUUAAACGAGAAGACCGUGUAAGGGCUUUACGUGCCGUGCACUCGAGAUUCUACUUAUCAAGAACAACAAUUGCAGUUGGUGUUAUUGGACCUGGGUUGAUUGGUAGUACAUUGCUUGACCAGAUCAAAGAUCAGGCAGCAUUCUUAAAGGAAAAGUUUAACAUUGAUUUGCGUGUUAUGGGUAUUACCGGAUCAAGGAAAAUGCUAUUGUGUGAUGAGGGCGUUGACUUGGCAAAAUGGAAAUCACUACUCAGUGAAAAAGGAGAAGCUGCCAACUUGAUGAAGUUUGCUCAGCAUGUUCGUGAAAAUCAUUUUUUCCCAAACACUGUUCUUGUAGAUUGCACUGCAGACUCUUAUGUUGCAAGUCAUUAUUACGAUUGGCUGCAAAGAGGAGUGCACGUGAUUACUCCUAAUAAAAAGGCCAACUCAGGACCACUUAAUCAGUAUUUAAAACUGAGAGCUCUUCAACGUCAAUCUUAUACGCACUACUUCUAUGAAGCUACUGUUGGAGCUGGUCUGCCAAUAAUUAGUACAUUGCGAGGUCUUCUUGAAACAGGAGACAAAAUAUUAAAGAUUGAGGGGAUUUUCAGUGGAACUUUAAGUUACAUAUUCAACAACUUUACGGGAUCACGAACUUUUAGUGAAGUGGUCGAGGAGGCAAAACAAGCAGGCUAUACUGAACCAGAUCCAAGGGAUGACCUGUCUGGAACAGAUGUUGCACGAAAGGUGAUAAUUCUUGCAAGGGAAUGCGGAUUGAAGCUAGAACUUUCAGAUAUCUCAGUUAGGAACCUUGUGCCAGAGCCAUUAACGGCUAGUGCAUCAGCUGAUGAAUUCAUGCAGCAACUGCCACAAUUUGAUGAAAUUUUGGCCAAGCAAAGGCAGGAAGCUGAAGUUGCCGGGGAGGUGUUGAGAUAUGUUGGGGUGGUUGACGUAGGCCGCCGGGAGGGGAGUGUGAAAUUGGAAAGAUACAAGAAAGGUCACCCAUUUACACAGCUUUCUGGGUCGGACAACAUAAUUGCCUUCACAACCGAAAGAUACGCAACGCAGCCGCUUAUUGUGCGUGGGCCUGGAGCCGGAGCGGAGGUUACAGCUGCCGGGGUGUUUAGUGAUAUAUUGCGACUGGCGUCCUACCUUGGUGCUCCCUCAUAAACUCAAUUAUUAUCCCUCCCUCAUGGGGAUUUCUUUCGUAGAAAUCCACUCAUUGCUUGCUCACAAUCAAUUACGUAGUAAUAAAUACGAUACUAUAUAAAUAAGAAUUGAGCUAUAGAGAUUCCAGAUCAAAGAAUGAUAUUUAUCGUGGGAACGUGAGAAUAAGCACUUUUAUCCCAAUGUGAUGCACAAUAAAACUUGUUUGAUGCACUGUUUUUGUUUGCAUAAUAUUUACCAAAAUGUCACCUUGCUUAUUUAGUAUUGGUUUGAUGUGAUCGAAGUUAAAAAACGCAAUAGACGUGCUCCAUUGUACAUUACAUUAAGGUGAAAAUUGACUCUCCACGUGCUUUCACGAUAAACACUGUUCUCAUUCGAACUGUGCCCGUGCUAUAGAUAUAUAGUUUAUCAUAUGCUGAGUUUUUGCAUCUUCUUUUCCU